AUGGGAUAUGAUAUCUUGUUCAGACCACUUCGCGGCAUUCGGACGACUCUGGCGAAAUUCCCCAAGGAACUCCAUCACGCAAUCUUCGACUACCAGGGCUGCCACAUCCCUGGUUCCAAGUUGUUAUGUUGGCCGCUCGAAAGAGGCGAGCUGAGUGAGUAUGAUGACGACCACGCCAAAGAGGUGGCUGUCCUUGUCGGUCACCAUGAAGCAGAGCGUUUCAUCACCAGAUGCGGAGAGUACCAACCCAAUCAGAUCCUGCAUAGCUUCAAGAUCGCGUCUGAUAAGGACUGGGACAAGUUUGUCAAGCACCUGCCGCCGUAUUUGCAUGGGGAACGCGAGUCCUUUGCUGACUACUCUCUGUUGGAGUGUCUUAUUCGGAUCUUUGUACUGAACGUCCUGGAUGGGCAACCCUCGGUCACGGUGAUGGCGUUGACUGGCCGGUUGUUAAAUAUGAAAAUCAACGCGAGAAAGAAACCCGCUCGACUGACCGCGUUGGUCAUUACUGCGCUGGCCGCAGUCACGCUGCUUGCGUUUGUGUCGAAAGCUCAAGCGGCACCCGCUUGUGGCACUGGUGCCGUGUGCACUUGCGCUCCCGCCUUUGCAUAUACGAUAGUCACUUGCAGCACCACGAUGCCCACAUCGUUUCCGAACGACGCGAUCAGCAUUGGUUUGACUGACUUGGCCGUUCUUGAACUGCGCAACCUCCCCAGCCUGACCGCGUUGCCAAACUCCUUUUUGGUAAACAUGCCUUCCGUCUCCCGACUCGUGAUUGAAACAACUGGAAUUAAUUCCAUCGGUCCGAAUGUGUUUUCGGGCGCUCCUUCGACGCUGACUACUCUGCCUGCAAAGCUUAAAAGCCGGAUCUCGAGCGUCGGGCCCUCGUUGCUCGCAACAAUGACAAACCUCAGAACUCUACAAAUUUCGAGCCCAAACCUCAACUCGAUUAAUGUUUUUGCAUUUCAAAACAACCCGCUUCUGCAGCAGCUCGUCCUGUCCGAGAAUCCAGCGCUUCUCGAACUUCCCUUUACAUACGUGGAAUACCCGAGCGGAUUCGUGACAUUUCAAAGUCUUCUCGAGAAUCAAAACAACCUGCAGCUACUGGAUUUGUCCUACACUGGACUUCUCACAAUUCCACCCAACUUGAUUAGCUACCGACCUCAACUUCAAAAUGUGACUUUCGCGUAUUCCAGCAUCUCUAGUAUCGGUUCUGUCGAGAUCACCAACAUGCCUCAGCUGAAGUACCUGAACUUGGCUCAAAACUCGAUCACCAAUGUCCACGUACAAGCCUUCACGAAUCUCCCCUCCCUGCUGCAACUGCAAGUGGAUCUGAGUAGAAAUGGGAUUACCUCGUUUCCUGCCGGAGUCUUUUCGGGUCUGCAGUCGCUCACUGACCUGUAUCUGUUCACCAAUAGCGCAACCACGUUGCCUCCGGGGUUGUUUCAAUGGAUUGCUACUCUUCAAGAUGUACGCUUGGGCUCAAACCCGUUCACGGUGGUGCCUCCCAGCACAUAUGGCUCCACUACGACUCCAGUUGCCUGUUACUACUCUUGCGCGACGUGUUGGGGCGCUGGCCCCGCUCGAUGCUGCGGCGAAGGCUGCCUGACUUGCACGAGCACCAAUCAGUGCACAUCUUGCUACAACGGAUAUGUCUCUCAGGGGCAAUUCUGCUUGCCUCCGUCCGCAAUUUCGGCAUCCACCGCGUCUGCCAAAUCUACCAUCGCUGCGUCCAGCGCUUCGUUGGCCUCUGCCGCAUCGACAGUGUCUGCGUCUGGCGCUUCGCUGGCCUCUGCCUCGAUCGCAUCUGCAGCCUUUGUUGCAUCAACAUCGGCCGCCUCUGUCGCCACCGCUGCAACUGCCUCUGCUGCAACUGCCUCUGCUGCAACUGCUGCAACUGCCUCUGCUGCAACUGCCUCCGCCGUGUCUAUUGCUUCCGUUGCAACUGCCUCCGCCGUGUCUAUCGCCUCCGCUGCAACUGUCUCCGUUGCUUCUAUCGCUUCCGUUGCAACUGCCUCGGCUGCCGCUGUCGUCUCGGCCGCAACUCUCGCCUCCGCUGCAACUGUCGCGUCGAUCGCGUCAGCCUCGGCUGCCAGUAGUGCUUCCACGGCUGUCGCUUCGGCAGCUUCUGUCGCCUCUGAAAACGCAGCAUCCGCAUCCAGUGCGAGUUUUGCCUGGGCAACGUCUGCAGCGUCUAUCGCCGCUGGCCAGGGGGACGAAAGCAGUUCAUCCACCCCGAUCAUCAUUGGCGCCGUGUUGGGUUCGCUGGUGCUGCUCUUGUUGCUGAUUCUCGCAAUUGUCGUGGCACGCCGUCGCCGCUCUGCCAAGCCCAUUCGGAAGGGACCUGAAGAGGCCAACACUAUUGGGAUGGUUCUCACGAGCGCUCACUUGCUGAAGGCAGCCGAAGCUGCUUCGUAUGACGUUCUUGUUCCUCCGACAUCUUCUCAUGUCGCCAAUCCCAUCUUCAACCCUCACGCUCCGUCAUCCGCCGUCAUUUACGCGAACGGCGAUGGUCCUCUGCCCACCGAUGGACCAGUGUACGCGGAAGCCACGCUCCCGAUCUCCACUAAAACAGCCCUGCCGGCUGGCGACACGACCACGUACACGAAUGUUGUAGUCGCGCCUGCUUCCGACACGACCGCACUUACGAUGAUGGACGACGACGAUCAGCCAAACAUGGUCUCGUUUGGCCUCUCAGACGCUGACUUGGCUGGCAGCAGUGGUCGCCAACACCGCCCCCGCCACCGCGGAUUCAGCAAGGAGCAGGCCAUGCUGGGCGUAUUUGCAGACGACGACGACGACAACGACAACAACGAUGGUGAUGAUGGCCAAACCAGCAAGAAGAAGAAGAAGAAGCGAGGCGGACUGGUCGAGGACAGCGACGUCGACGACAGCGACAACGACCAGAACGAGGACGGCGACAACGACUUUGAUGGCGAUCUUGGGUUUGACGGGUACGCGCGGCCUCGGCUGGGCAGUCGCACGAGUCGACACCGGGCUGGUGGACGUUUCAAGGACGACGACGACGACGACGACGACGACGCGCCGCUCUCACUUGGCAGGACGACGUAUGUGCGUGGAGCGCUUCAGACCAACAAGACAAGUCGAGACGACGGUGAGGACGACGGCGAGGACGACGAGGACGACGACGAUGCUGGAAAUGGUCGCGCUGGACUGGGACUUGGCUUCAAUGCAUUCGGAGCCAAACCAGGUGCUGCGGCCGGUUGGACGUCCGGUGGCACUGCUGGAGCUGCUUCUUCAAGUGCGGAUCCGGUAGUGAGGACGCACGCGGCUCCAUCUGCAGGAGCAAUGCGGGGCGGACUCGGAUUUGGAGCGCCCGCUGGACUCGGCUCGUCGUCGUCGUCGUCGUCGGCGUCCGCGUCGGCGUCCAAAGGCAAGAAGGACAAUGCGCAGCCGCAGAUCGCCACUUGGGAAAAGUUCACCAAGGGUAUCGGCAGCAAAUUGCUGAAAAAGUACGGCUACGUGGAGGGCGCAGGCCUCGGAAACGCGGGUGAAGGCAUGGCGGUGCCUUUGGACGUGCAAAAGCGCCAGGGCAAGACCCUCGGUCUCGGUUUUCUGCCAGAGCUGUCCGACCAGCAGCGGGAGGAAGAGAAGCGACGUGCCAAAAUGCGCGGCCAGCCAGGAGCAGACUCGGAAUCCGACGACGAUUCCGCUCGUUCCUCGAAAGGCAAGCGCGCAGGCUCGCGUCCCGCUGAAGAAGACGAUGAAAUAUCUGCCGCAACUCGCGAGAUGCUUGCGCAGGAAGCAGAGUUUGAGGACGCAGAGGAGCGCGGGGAGCAACCCCGAUCACGCAAACAGCGCCGACCUGCCGAACCCCACUGGAAAAAAGGAGCUCAACGACAGUCCAUGCCGCCGCGCACUGCGACGCAAAUCAUUGCCAACUAUGCCGGAUCCGGAUCACAGCAGCAGCAGCAACAACAACAACAACAGCAGGUUAUUGUGGACUUGCGUGGCGCUCAACCGGUUGUUCUGACCAACUUGGCUCAAGGCCAGAUGCAGACGUCCGAGUAUGGCGCUGACGGCGCGCCAUCGCUGUCCGGCCAGAUGCCCGAACUGCAGUACAACAUAAAGACGAUGGUGGACACGUUUGCGACCGAGCUCGAAUCGUUUGCUUCCAAAGUUCCCAUGGAGCAGGCUCACUUGCAUCGACUCGCACAAGAGCACAAGUCACUGGCUGCGCUGCACGCCGAGGACCAGCACACCAUGGAGCGCGUGCGGGAGAUUAGCGAGAUUCUCGCCCGGUGUCAUGCGCGCGUGAACACCCUGUCGUCCGUCUCCAACAAUGGCUCGGUUCUGGAGGCGUUUGCCGGCUCAAAGGGUCCAGCUACAACCAAUCUGGUCUUGUCUGUCUUUCACAUGCUGCGCGAUUCCUUCCCUGAGGAAUACCGCCUCUUCAAUCUCGCCCGCAUUGCGCUGUCGUACGCCACCCCGGCAGUCUCCGCCAUCUUGAACGAUUGGCGGCUUUUCGGAGACGAUGCGGUCAAGAAUGCCGACAGCAGCCUCUCUUCCGACACCGACCCAACUUCUUCCUCGUAUGGCGUUGAUUUGGUGCGGAGCUGGAAGCAGCUCUUGAAUCUUCCCCCAACUCGCCCGUCCAGCAGUUCAGAUUUGGAUGCCGUUGAACAGUCAUUAUUUGGACGCAGUCACUCGUCAGCACAGCAGUCGCAGCAGCAGCAGCAGCAGCAACAACAUCAACAACAAGUCACGCCUUACGAUCGACUCAUGUGGGAGGUGUGGGUGCCGCACUUGCGAACGUCCUUAAUGCGCUGGUCUCCACGAACAUCAUCGCUCGAGCACACUGAGCGCCUUGUCCGCGCCCUGACUGCUUGGAGUGAUUUAAUACCCGAAUGGAUUGGAGAGAAUCUCUGCGAUCAGCUCCUUGUUCCUCGGUUGAUUGCCGACGUAGAAAACUGGAACCCGGUGCGCGACACUGUGCCCAUCCAUUCCUGGCUCUUUCCUUUUCUACCUCUCUUGGGCAUGGGUCGUCUCGGCGUUGCUCUGCGCACCAUCCGAUUCAAACUUUCUAAUGCGCUGGCUGAGUGGACUCCUGAUGACGAAUCCGCCCUGGCCGUCCUUUCUCCGUGGCGGACGGUCAUGCCCGCCGGCGACUUUGGCGUUUUCCUCAUCCGUUCCAUCGUGCCCAAGCUCUCCCAGGCCAUCCGAGAGAUGCCGGUCGAUCCGGCCAACCAGCGCACGGUUGAGCCUGUCGUGUGGCUGGCACGCUGGGUCGAUGCUUUCCAUGGCAACCUCGAGCCGCUCGUUGGGGUGCUUGAGCGCGAGCUCUUCCCGCGCUGGCACCAGGCUCUGACCGCGUGGCUCGCAAGCGACGGCAAUUACGACGAGAUUGCAGAAUGGUAUCUGGGGUGGCGCGCUCUGCUUCCGAAGGCCAUUCGGGAUCACCCAGCCAUUUCCGCUCAGCUUACAGUGGCGCUUGAUGCCGUCAACCACAAGAUUGAUCCAUCGCGUCCAGCGCCAGCACAGGCGGCGCAGGCACGCGCCAGAAUGGCCCAACAACAGCAACAGCUCGAACAGAAGCGGAAAAUGACCGCGCCUGCCUACUCCACCUUGGCUUCUCAAGAGGCCAGUUUCAGGGACUUGCUCGAGUCGCUGGCAGCUCAGCAUGGGCUGCUCUUCAUGCCAGCCCAAGGUCGGCGCCAAGACGGCAACCAAGUGUACCAGUUUGGCCGCGCGCUCUGCUACAUUGACCGAGCAGUUGUUUUUGUCAGCGAUGGCGGGCGAUGGAUGCCAACUGCUGUGAGUGAACUCGUGGCCAUGGCGAGCUGA